AUGGACGAAACAAUGGAAGACCAGCCAGAAACACAAAACAUCGAGAACGAGACUCCCGUUCAAAAUGUCUUCAUUGCACCAUCCAUCGACACACACCUCCUGCUUUCAGGCGAAAGCUACUCUCACCACUCCGAAUUACCACCAGUCAUAAAAGCAGACCCAAGCACAGAAUGUGUCUUGGGGGUUGACGAAGCAGGACGGGGUCCAGUAUUAGGACCCAUGGUCUACGCACUAUACUACCUUCCGUUGUCGCUCCACCACUCCUUACUCGCAGAGACGCACCGCUUUGACGACUCUAAAGUCCUUACGCCGGCCGUUCGCUCGGAUCUCAUGCAGAAAAUCUGCACGACUUCUACAGAUCUUUACCACAACUCGGGCUGGGCUACCCGGUCCCUAUCGGCCCGCGACAUUUCUGCUGCUCAAAUGAUACCUCAUGGAACUUACAAUCUCAAUGCCCAAGCUAUGGAUGCCACGAUUGAACUGAUCCAGCAGGUUCUCGACCGGGGUGUGAAUGUUAGGGAGGUGUACAUCGAUACUAUUGGUCCUCCAGCCACUUACCAAAAGAAGCUGGAGCGUAUCUUCCCUUCUUUGUCAAUCACUGUGGCCAAGAAGGCAGAUUCUUUAUACCCUUGCGUCUCAGCUGCUUCUGUCUGCGCAAAGGUGACGAGAGAUGCGGCCCUAGACGUUCUGUACACCUCCUACGCUCCGCCUGAUCACAAAGGUGAAGUGGCGUGGGGUUCUGGGUACCCGUCUGAUGCUCGAUGUACGACCUGGCUGAAAGGCAACAUGCACCCAGUCUUUGGUUGGGGCAGUGAGUGUCGGUUCAGCUGGGGUACCGCAAAGGAGCUGCUGGAGGCCAAAGGUGCGCCUUGCCGUGGUGAUUGGGCCGAGCCGGAUGAUGAUCAAGAUAAUCUGAAGCUGACCGGCUUCUUUGUGGAUGCGGGAGAUGAGAAGGAGGAUGAGAUGGCGACUUGGUUUGGCUGGCGAGUCGCGGCUGAAGUCUUCUGA